GGAAGGAUGUCUAUGAUUCAUUACGUCUGUAUCCAGAAACCAAUCAAGCAUCCAACAUGAAGUUCGCAUUCGCCUUCGUUCUGAUCGCUCUGUUCGCGGUGAUCGCCGUCUCCCAGGCUAUGCCCCAGCCUGAGGAGGCCGCCGCUUCUAGCAACGAUGGAACCAGCGCUAACACCAGGAUCGUGCUGGAGCUUACCCCGGAGGAGGCCGCCGCAGCUCAGGCAAUGGGAGGCCGUGGAUUCUGGUCAAUCUUUAUGGGCAGUGUCAAGAAGGUCAUCACCAUCGGUUGUGAUCUGAUUGACUGCCAGAAGAAACAAUAAGUAAUAAUAAAUGCUGAGUAAAACAUACAACAA